GCGGGAGGAAUAAGUUCUGGGUGGGGUUUGAGGGGGCCGUGGUGAGGGACUUGGAGGUGAUGGAGAUGACGGAGAGUGGGGAGGGGAGGAAGGAUGUGUUGGCGUUGUUUGAGGAGGGGGUGCGCGGUGAGACGGUGCUGAGGAGGCUGAGUGCCGAGGAUGGGAGCGUGGUGUGGGAGUUUCGCGAGGUUACCAAGGAUGUGCCGCUGCAGGUGAGCACCAACGUUGAGAAGGUCUUCGUGGUCAGCCUGAAGGGCGUCGCCGGCGCGUAUAACCUCAAGGUGUCGGUGCUGGAUAUGGUUACGGGCAAGCGGCUGGAUGAAAUGGUCAUUGGGGCCAAGGCGGAUGUCCACGGAAAGGAGGAUGUCAUUCUUGUUGGGGCCAACUCGGCUGCCCCGAUCGUGGCAUGGGCUGACGACGCCCGCAAGACCCUGUCGGUUAACGUGUUGGGGACCAAGACGAGGCAGGAGUUUGCACUGCCGGCAGAUACGGUUGAUGUGGAGAUCCACGCGCCGCAUUUGGUGCAAUCGCAGCCGCACUUUUUGGUUCACAGCAAGACGGCUACUGGGCACCGGGGCGAAGUCUUCCACGUCGACUUGAAGACGAAUGCCGUUUCGAAAGCGUACAGCCUUCCCCUUCUCGCUGGACCUGGAUCCUUCUCGACCAGCUCCAGCGGCGCGAACGUCUACUUCACCCGCAUCACCGAGGACGAAGUGAUUCUCCUUUCGUCGCAUUCCCACGGCGUGCUCGGGCGCUGGCCGCUGAAGACCGGCGAUUCCAAAACGGCUGCCAUUCACGCCGUUUCUGAAGUUGUCAAGAAGGGCGGUUCCGACGACAGCUACGCGGUACGGGCCGCAGCGGUCACCGACGUGGAUGACUGGGUGUUGAUCCGCAAUGGCGAGGCCGCGUGGACUCGCCAUGAGGGCAUGACCGGUGGUGUCGCCGCUACAUUUGCCGAUAUCCCCGAAAGUGAGGAUCUGGCCAGAUCGCUUGAGGCAGAGGCCCACAGCAACCCUCUGGAGGCCUACGUUCACCGCAUCAAGCGCCAUAUCAACGACCUCCAAUACCUCCCCGCGUGGAUCGACAGCCUCCCGUCGAGGUUCAUGAGCAGUGUCCUCGGCACGGAUGUGCCUUCAACCGCUGGUAAGCUGGCGCGGGACAGCUUUGGCUUCCACAAGCUUGCUAUCCUGGCAACAAAGCGCGGGAUGCUCUAUGCUCUCGAUGUUGGUAACAACGGCAGGAUUGUCUGGAACAAGCGGGCUUUCCAACUCCAAAAGGGCAGCAAGUGGGACGUCAAGGGAAUCCAGGCGCACGACUCGACAGGAGAGGUCACGAUUCUCGGCGCCAACAAUGACUUUGUUGCCCUCAAGGGCGAUACUGGUGAGAUCAUUGACGCAAAGGGGCCGAGCCCGGAGGCUACCACUCAAGCCACCGCUCUUGUGGACACGUAUUCCGGCAAGCAGCUCAUUCGGAUCGGCCGCGACGGGAAGAUCGGCGACCUUCAGGUGUACAAAGCCCCAAGGCAAACUGUCGUCACGCGCGGCCACGAUGGCGAGCUCAAAGGUGUCGUUUUCGUCGCCAACGGGACCAGCUCCUACGAAUCAACUUCUUGGACCUUCUCCCCGCCACAGGGCCAGAGGAUCGUGAACAUCGCAACACGCCCCGAGCACGAUGUCGUCGCCUCCAUCGGCCGUGUCCUCGGCGACCGCACCGUCAAGUACAAGUAUCUCAACCCCAACACCCUCAUCGCCGCCGCCGCCAACGACAACGCCGGCACGCUCACGAUCUACCUCCUCGACACCGUCUCUGGCCAGAUCCUCUCUUCCUCCAAGCACGACGGCAUCGACCUUGCCAAGCCCAUCGAGUGCGCCAUGGCCGAGAACUGGUUCGUCUGCACCUACUUCGGCCAGUACACCCUGCGCGACAACACGGCCAAGACGAUCAAGGGCUACCAGAUCCUCGUCGCCGACCUCUACGAGAGCGAGGAGGCCAACGAUCGCGGCCCGCUCGGCGACGCCGACGCCUUCUCCUCGGUCGACCCCAUCGACGUGCCCACGGGCGGUGUCGACCGCCCCUCGGUCGUGGCCCAGUCCUACGUCCUCAGCGCGCCCAUCUCGGCCCUGCAGGUCACCCAGACCCGCCAGGGCAUCACCUCGCGCCACCUGCUGGCCUACCUGCCGGAGUCCCACGGCAUCGUCGGCAUCCCGCGCGGCAUCAUCGAGCCGCGCCGGCCCGUCGGCCGCGACCCCACCCCCGCCGAGGCCGAGGAGGGCCUGUUCAAGUACCACCCCGCCAUCGAGGUCGAUCCCAAGAGCGUCAUCACCCACGAGCGGGAUGUUUUGGGUGUUGAGAAGAUUAUCACCGCUCCGGCUAUUGUCGAGAGUACGAGCUUGGUGUUUGCGUACGGCGUGGAUGUGUUUGGCACGAGGGUUGCGCCGAGUUUCCUGUUUGAUAUCCUUGGCAAGGGCUUUAACAAAGUCGCCCUGGUGGGCACUGUGAUGGCGCUUCUGGCUGGUGUGAUGAUGCUGGCUCCGGUGGUGAGGAGGAAGCAGAUUAAUUUGCGGUGGAAGGCACCGAUGUAGAUGUGUAUGUUAUGAUAUGUAUGUUUGCAUUGGGAUAUAGAUGUACAUGAGGUAAACAGAGUUCAUUUUAAUGAUUUGUCGGGUAUCUACGA